ACCAGUUUCCCAUUUUCUUUCAGGACCAUUGAUUCUCAACUUACUUGCAAACCACAAGAAUACAAGUAACAACUUCAGAUGACUUCAAUGGAGGAAUCAUGGACUAAUUGGUUAUGUGAAAUGGAUCCAUAUGAUUACAGUUUCAUCAACCAAUCAAGCAUAAAUGCAGACAUUGUUAGUAGUUUUGAGAGAAACUUUGAGAGGCCUUCAAAGUUAGUCAAAACAGAUUCUUCAUCAACUUGCUCAUACAAUAUUUCUUUUAAAAAUGAAAAUCCACAACCAAUAAGAGUUGAACCAGCUUUUAAGCCAAGGUCCAAAACUACGAACUCAAAGAAUGAACGAAAACGUGUUAAUACUCAAGAGAGCAACAAGAAGAACGGUUCAGUUUCCAAAUCUGCAUCUCAUCACAUACCAGAUCAUAUUAUUGCUGAGAGAAUAAGAAGAGAAAAGAUUAGCCAACAGUUCAUAGCUCUUUCAGCGCUUAUUCCAAAUCUAAAAAAGAUAGACAAAACUUCUGUGCUAUGUGAUGCUAUUAAGUAUGUGAAAGAACUUAAGGAGCAAGUGAAACUGUUGGAGGAACAAAGCAAAAAGAACAGUCUAGAAUCAAUGGUGGAUGAAGAAUUUUCGUUCACUUCGUCGUGUAAUGAAACCUCAAAAACAAAUAUGUCACUGCCAGAAGUUAAAGCUAGGUUGUCGGGUAAGAAUGUGGUGAUUCGAAUCCUCUGUGAGAAAAAUAAGGCAGUGAUGGUGAAUGUGUAUAGAGAGAUAGAGAAACUUCAUCUCUCAGUUAUUGGUGGGAGUUCAUUGUCCUUUGGUUCGUUUCUUCUUGCCAUAACCAUCAUCGCCAAGAUGGACGAUGAAUGGAACAUGAGCAUGGAGAAACUGGCGAAAACCCUGGGAGUUGGACUGUUGUAAUUAAAGUUGUUUGUAGUUUGUACUAAUGCGGUGGCAACAAGAUCAUGAAUUCAGUGAUCGUUGAAAUAAAUUUCACCAAUAAUUGCAACGUGGGAAGGAGAAGUAAUGUACACGAAGUGGACUGUGUGGGGAGAUUUAGACCUUGACGGAGAGGCUAUCCAUGUUCAUUUAUGGAAAAUGGUGACGGGUCAUGUGACUAAUUCCAAAGUGCUAAAUAAAAACAAAUUUUAAUUGAUGU